GGUUUUGAAAAUGGAGACGUUUAGAGGAGAACGUUUCGGUGAUCACCCAGAGGCGAAUCGCAGUUCACAUUCAGGUAAUUUUUGUUCUUGGUUCCCUGAUGGGCAUAGACCUAAUUUCACCGACAACUACCAGCAGCGCCGACGCUACAACCAAUUCGACCAAAUGAAUGGCGACCCUGGCAAUUUUUUUGGUGGUCAAUCUACGCCAUUUUCUGGUCGGAAGAGAGGCUUUCCUCAUUCAGAACAUGUUGAUGGUGGCAUUCCUGCAAAACUCUAUGUUGCUCCAGUAUCAAGAACAGCUACUGAAGAAGAUAUCCGCCCCUUGUUUGGAGAACAUGGAAAUAUUGUUGAGGUUAUUCUACCCAGGGAUAAAAGAUCUGGUCAGCAACAAGGAUAUUGCUUUGUUAAAUAUAUGACAUUUGAAGAAGCUGACAGGGCUAUUAGAGCUCUAAACAACCAGUAUAUUUUUCCUGGGGAGCAGGCUGCGAUUAAAGUCAGAUAUGCUGAUGGAGAACGGGAACGCAUCGUGGCUCCUCCAGAAAAGUUGUAUGUUGGUGGCCUGAGCAAACAAGCUUCAAAGGAAAUAGAGGAUAUAUUUUCCUCGUUUGGGCAUGUUGAAGAUAUUUACAUCGUUCGUGAUGAGCUGAGGCAAAGUCGUGGAUGUGGAUUUGUUCAAUUCUCUCAUAGGGAUAUGGCACUGGCAGCAAUCAAAGGAUUAAAUGGAAUUUUCACAAUGAGUGGUUCUGAUCAGCCAUUAAUUGUUCGGAUUGCGGAUCCCAAGAAACCAAGGAUUGGAGAACAAAGGGGCAGUUUUGCAUUUAGUGGUCCAAGUUUUGGUCUCAAUCCUCAAGAACCAGUUAGGCUUGCACCCAAUCUUAGUGAUUCAAUUGGAAGCCGUAUACCCCCUAAUAAUUCUUAUCCCUUGCAACAUAUAUCCACUAAUUCACAGCCACAAGCUGUUUCCCUCUUGGCAAAUCAAGAAGCUGCUGCCCGAAGUGUCACACAACAAUUGCACUCUUCUCUGCUGCAACCGCCUUCACAGUUGUCUCAGAUGGCAUUGCAGCAGACACACCCUCUCCAGCAAAGUUCUCAGUCAUCUCAACAAAUGGCCUCUGAGAUCCCAAAGGAAUUGCAUCUAAGACAUCCCUUAACUCAAAAUUUAGAGCAGCAGCAAAGUUCCCAGGUUACUAGGCUUGAGUCUCCAAGGACUGGGAACACUCAUCAGACAAGUGCUUGCAUGCUAACAGUUCCUUCAGUACCUCAAAGUCCAAAUACAGAAUCUUCUCUUGAAUGUGAUUGGAGUGAGCACACUUGCCCUGAUGGAUAUAAGUACUACUACAAUUGUGAGACUUGUGAAAGUAAAUGGGAUAAGCCUGAGGAAUAUGUAUCAUAUGAGCAAAAGUUGCAGAAGCAGCAAAAGCUGCAAAAUCCAAGCGAGCUGCCUUCAUCAAAUUCAUGCCUUCUUUUGACCCAAGAAAUUGAUCAAACCCAAGAAGUGCAGCUUCAGUCACAUCUCUUCCAUCAGAAACUUCAUCUUCAACAACCUGCCAUCUCUGUAUCUGAACUGGAUCAUCUACAAUUGCAGUCUGAAACAAGUCCAGUAAUUGAUCGAGCCUGUGUUUAACAGUUAACUUCCUGGUUAAACGAGGCAUGCAAAACAUAUUUAACUUGAGAACUAGGGCAUGGGCUAUAAAGAGCUCAUAAACUGGAGUCAGGUGGAUGAUUGAGGCUUCCAUUGGUCUGCCAGUGAUUAUUGUGAGGUGUACCAUACAAGAAUUUUAGGUUUUUUAUUGGUUUGUAAUAUGUUAGAUGUUAGAUGGAAAGGAGGGCCUCUGUUCCAUGCCAAUAAAAUUUUAUAACCAGGUAGGCGGAAAAUUCAGCAAUUCUUUUCGUACUGUUUAAUUUUAAAACUUAGAAAAACUGUAAAUAAGGAAUUGUACGAUGAGAUGAGAUUAUUUUUAAUUUUUUUAGACGUGAUAAUUGAUAUGACUGGUCUUGCAAGUUGCACAUGACACUAUUGUUAAA